CACGGGCUCUCAUCAUAGAGACGAUAAACGGCUACCGGGCUUUUGCAGACUCCUAGAGCGUCCUCGAGGGGCGCGUCACCCCGCGCUGCCACGGAAUAAACAAGCGCCCUUUUCGGAUUAGAAAUGCUGGAUUAAGAAGCGGGAGCAAGAGGGGCGGGUGCAGCCAUGUCGCAGCAACGGGUCCUACCCCAGAGUAAAGAAACUCUCCUUCAGUCCUACAACAAGAGGCUGAAAGAUGACGUCAAAUCCAUCAUGGACAACUUCACAGAAAUAAUUAAGUCCGCAAAGAUUGAAGAAGAAACCCAAGUUUCUCGGGCAACACAAGGCGAGCAGGAUAACUAUGAGAUGCACGUCAGAGCUGCAAAUAUUGUCCGAGCUGGCGAAUCCCUCAUGAAGCUGGUCUCUGACCUGAAGCAAUUCUUGAUCCUCAACGACUUUCCUUCUGUCAACGAAGCCAUCAACCAACGCAAUCAGCAGUUGCGAGCCCUGCAAGAGGAAUGCGACAAGAAACUGAUUGCACUGCGGGAUGAAAUCUCCGUCGAUCUCUACGAACUGGAAGAGGAGUAUUACUCUUCCAGGUACAAAUAAAUCCAUGGAGAAUCCUGUGAUAGCC